UUAGUUUUCAGGGUCAUUUCAGUUUCUCUCUUCUCUGCCUUGAUACUAUUUACCCUCCUCUCCUCCACUGUUUCCGUCUCGUUAAAAGCUUAAUAAAAUGGCCCCUCAAACCAGGAGAACGACGUCGUUUCCGCGUGUGAUCAUUGAUAAUGAUACAGACUCUGAACAAAGUUCGUCCGAAGAAGAGGAAGAAGAGCAAGUGGAGGAAGAAGAGGAUGUUGCCGUGAGGAAUAAUGGAAUGGAACCCGAACAGUCUUUGGACCCCAAGAACAAAGGAAAAGCACCCAUCUGUAUUAGUCUCAAGAAAGUUUGCAAAGUAUGCAAAAAGGCGGGACAUGAAGCGGGGUUCAAAGGAGCUACUUACAUUGAUUGUCCGAUGAAACCAUGCUUCCUCUGUAAAAUGCCUGGUCACACUACAAUGUCAUGCCCACAUCGAAUUGCAACCGAGUUUGGGGUCAUCCCUGCAUCCCAUAAAUGUAGCAGUAACCAAUUGUUCUAUGUCUUUGAGCGCCAGCUUGGACAUACGCGAUCCCAGGUCAAACCAGUGCGCAUCAUUCCAGAUCAAGUUUGCUGUGCAGUUAUUAGAUACCACAGUAGACGAGUCACAACCUUGGAAUUUCACCCAACAAAUAAUAACAUCCUUUUAUCUGGUGAUAAGAAAGGACAAGUUGGAGUGUGGGAUUUUGGUAAAGUAUAUGAGAAGAUUGUAUAUGGAAACAUACACUCUUGUAUUGUCAAUAACAUGAGAUUUAGUCCAGCAAAUGAUGGUACGGUUUAUGCUGCAUCAUCAGAUGGAACCAUUAGCUGCACUGACUUGGAGACUGGGAUUUCAUUAUCCCUUCUGAACCUUAACCCUGAUGGUUGGCAGGGCCCAAACAGCUGGAGGAUGUUGUAUGGCAUGGAUCUUAACAAAGAGAGAAAUGCUGUGCUAGUUGCUGAUAACUUUGGUUAUCUCUACUCGGUGGAUAUUCGCUCCAACACUAAAACUGGUGAGGCAAUUUUGAUCCAUAAGAGAGGGAGCAAAGUUGUUGGACUCCAUUGUAACCCUGUUCAGCCAGAUCUUCUCUUGAGUUGUGGAAAUGAUCACUAUGCCCGAAUAUGGGACAUGCGUCAUAUUGAAGCACGUUCUUCAUUAUAUGAGCUAUCACACAAACGUGUUGUUAAUUCUGCAUAUUUCUCCCCACUAUCAGGAAGCAAAAUUGUUACCACUUCGCAGGAUAAUCGUCUUCGUGUAUGGGACUCUAUAUUUGGCAAUCUAGAUUCCCCAAGCCGAGAGAUUGUACACAGUCAUGAUUUUAAUCGUCACUUGACUCCUUUUCGAGCUGAGUGGGAUCCAAAGGACCCAUCUGAGUCCCUUGUUGUUAUAGGUCGUUACAUAAGCGAAAACUAUAAUGGUGCUGCCCUGCAUCCCAUUGAUUUCAUUGACAUUAGCACAGGCCAACUAGUUGCUGAGGUUAUUGAUCCAAAUAUUACAACUAUUAGCCCUGUAAACAAGCUACAUCCACGGGAGGACAUUUUGGUAACUGGUAGUUCAAGGUCUCUUUUUGUCUGGCGGCCAAAGGAGUCUGAGAGUGUGGAACCGAAAGAUGAAGGAAAGAUUGUAGUUUGUGGUAAAGACAUGAAGCGCGGUGGUGGUCAUGGGGAUGAAAGCGAUAAUUCUGAUGGUGACACAUUCAGCUCCAAGAAAAAGAACUCGAAAGGUAAAAAAUCCAAUCUUAAAUCUUACAAGUCGAUAAAUAAGAAGGUCAAACGCUAAUCUGAGAGAGGCAUUCCCGGUGCUAACUGAUUAUGGAGUUCCUGCUCUUUUUUGUUUUCCUUGAGCUCCUCUUAACAGUUUACAACAUCUCCUAAACCAGCAGCACAGCUCUCACCCUUUUGUACCAAUGGUGGGCGUUUUACUUAUUGUAUAAUACAAGUUUAAGUUAUAACCAACGUCAGCCUUUUUCGCCCCACGAAUUGAAAGAUGCACUAGUGUCUAGUAGUGUAGUAUGUUUCGCCUCAGAAAAAGUAAAGCUGGACUUUGUUCACUCUUUUAUGAUAUAUUUGGAUAUUGGUGUCUUCUGUUAUUCUCUUGUUGUGGGCGAAUAACUAUUUGGUAUUAUGUGUUUUUAUCGAAAUACAAAUUUCAUAGUAUUUAUAUUUUUAAUAAUACCUAUUUGGUAUAUAAUAUAUUUAAUAUUCCAAGUCUAAA